AUGCCUAGGGUGAAGGAAAGACCUUGUCACACCACGACAUCUUAUUCCACCGAGAGCGAUGAGUCUAAAUUGGACGAAGACCCUCUCGAAUUUGCAUGCUAUCUAGGCCUGGUCUACGUCGAAUGGAUCCUUCGGAGAAUGACCCUCUCGAGCCCCAAAAUUGCGAGGCUUGAGAUGGUUUUGGAGGAUGAUUUUGCGAUGGAGAUAGGCCUGGUCUACGUCGAAUGGAUCCUUCGGAGAAUUCGUCAAGCGCGGAAUUUGCAGCAACAUGGCUUUGGACCUUCUUUUUCUUUAAUUUUGAUUGCGUCCAAUGAUGUAGCCGCAGUACGCCAAAGGGAGGGAUGCUCAGCCGCUGCUGAAGCCUGGUGCGAAUAA